GUCAAAAUGAAAGUGAAAUCUGUUGAGUCAAAACAUAACCAAGGGCAAAGAUUAUCAUCAUAAGUAAAUAGCUUCAGACCAGCUGCAGUGCACAGGCUCGAGGUUUGCUCUCGGUGCACCAUCCCAGACAACAUUGUUGAACUGUGCUAAAGAGGAUCAACUGAACGGGACUUCAAGUGCCGCUUCUUGCUGGUGUUUCUUUUUGGAUUCAGCAAUCAGCACAAUGGUGGUCCUCAUGGCACUGGAUCCCACUGACAAGCGCAGGAGCACAUUCAGGCUUCGCCAGAAGAUCUCUAAGCGAAGCCUGCGGAAGCAGAAGUGAGCCUAAAUCACAAGCCACAGAAAUACAGCUGAAAGAAAGCCAAGGAGCUAAGAGUGAAGUCGACAGUGAAGACUGCUAAGAAGUCAGGCUGAACAAGAGCCUUCAGGUCUCUUCGAGGAGGCGCUACCGUGGUCUUGAGGAGCUAGUGUGGAAACUAGAAUGGGUCUGUUGAAGCAGAGAACUGGGGCGUGCCAGCUGUAUUGGAGCAUGCUCCUCCUGGCUGCAGGGUCCUUUUUCUUGUUGCUCUAUGCCCUGAUGUGGGAAGCUGGGAACAUCAUCAACCUUCCCCACAAAAGAAUCGGCUUCUACAACUUCUGCCUGUGGAACCAGACGGCUGGAGAGCUGCAGUGCCUAGAAUUCAAGGACCUGAUGGACAUGGGGGUUAACCAGUUUCAGCUAGUGCUGGCAAGGCUCUGUGUAUACACUGUCCAGGUCCUCUGUAGCUUCUCCCCAUUUUUAAUCAUACAGGCCCAAUAUGCAAAGACCAGAGAGGCCUGGGAAGUGACGUUUGUGGUGCUGGGCCUCUCGGCUGCUCUUCUGGCUGGUGGCCUUGGCUUGUUUCUGUGCCAGGCCUGGGUUUGCAUUCAGAUUUCUGAACUCAGUGGGGGUUUCAUGGCACUAGCUGGGGCUCAGGCCCUGCUGCUGCUCCAGCUUUUUGCUGCUGCUAUGUACCUCACGUGGUUCAAGGAGGUUCUUGAAACGGGCAGCCCUUCCCCUGAGGAGCAGCAGGUCUGAAGGCAGAGAGGGAGGAAGACGCAGUGCAAGCUUGUGGGAAUGUACCAAUCAAGUUUUUAUAAUCCUCUGAUAGUCAGCUAGCUCUUGUGGACAGCCUUGGGCCGAAACGCUAUUCUAUGUCUAAGUUUGUCAGGCAGUUCACAGGGCCGUCUUUAGGAUUUAUGGGGCCCAACGCAAUAUUAUUAAACUGGUGCCCCUAUGCGCGACGGCAGCCUGGGCUCGCAGCCUGGGGAGGGAGCGAUGAGGCAGCAAAGAUACCGAGCCACCCGUCCUGCCUCAUGGCAGCAGAGACCCUCGAGCCCUCUCCCUCACACAGAAUGGGCCGCGCUGGCGCCUUCAGCUCUGUGAAUACGGCCGCUGCCUAAGGGCACUGCAGUGCGCGCUGGGUGUGCGGGAGCCGACCCGCUCUUAUCUGCUAUCAUGGGCGGUGGGUGAAGCUGCAGCUUGGGGACACUAGCUCCCCAGCCCAUGGCCCUGCCUAUAUUCCACCCCUGCUCUGCCCUGGGCCCCACCCUCACUCUGCCCAGGCCCUGCCCCCCCUUCCUCUCUUCCCUUCCCUUCCCCGGUCACCCCUUUCCAACCCAAUCCCUGAACCAAAAUGAAGCAAAUGACAUUUGAAAAAAUCACUCUUCUGCGAUUUCUUUCUAAAGAUAAUGGAGCAUGUUUUCCACUGCAUGCCAGAACGUGAAGAUGCAGAAGGUACCUAAUUAAAAGCACUAAACUUGGGAAUAAAAAACAUCAGUCACAGGUUUUUUUGAUAUUCCCUGAAGUUUG